AUGCCAAACUCAGGAAUAACACGAUUGAUCGUCCAUCCGAACGAUUACCCAUGGGGUAAAGUAGGAAAAGAUAGUUUGGCAGGACGAUUGACUAAAAACGCUUCUGAGCCAGGAUUCGAAUUUAAGCCUGAUCAACCUUAUGCUGAGCUAUGGAUGGGUACUCACCCGACCAACCCCGCCUCACUCUAUUCCUCCCCCUCAAUCCUCCUAUCCAAGCAUCUCGAAUCGCAUCCGGAGCUACUAGGUUCAUCAUCAACCAAGUUUAAUCCUCCUUUCACGGGAAAGAAGGGAUCGGGUACAGAAGGACAAACAGAAGGUCACGUACCAUUUUUGUUCAAGGUGUUAACUUGUAAACAGGCUUUACCACUUCAGAUUCAUCCCAAUAAAGAAUUAGCUAAGAAGUUACAUGAGCAAGAUCCUGAGAAAUACCCAGAUAUCAACCAUAAACCUGAAAUAGCAGUCUGUCUCUCCCCCUCUUUCCUGGGAUUCGCCUCUUUCAGACCAUACAACCAAAUUAUCAGCUUCCUCACCAAGACUCCAGAAAUUGCCAAUCUCUCUGGAGACAUCAAAACGAAAAUCGAUCAAUUUGCGAAAAACCCCGCAGGAGAUGUUUUGAGAGAAGUAUGGGAAGGGUUCCUUCGAUUGAGCGAUGACGAGUCUGUAGUCAAGCAGUAUACCGAACGAGUACUUAAAGAAGGGGUCGAGGCGUUCAAGGAUUUUAGUGGAGAAGGUUUCUCAGAUAGGGAGAAAGAGAAUUUGGUGAAAGCUGUCAAGUUGUCUAAAGAGUAUUAUCAUGGUGAUGGAGGGUUGUUUUCUACUUUAUUCUUCCUUAAUCUCGUUGAGCUCAAGAAGGAUGAAGGGAUCUACGUUGGAGCUGAUGGUCCACAUGCAUGGUUGGAAGGUGAAAUCGUCGAACUCAUGGCUAUUUCCGAUAACGUCCUCAACGUAGGAUUCACCCCUGACGAAGAUAAAGAUGAUCCUUCCCUCGUAUCCAAGACAGUCACCUGUCAAUCUAAAACCCCCACCGAACUCAAAUUGAUCUCUCAAGUGUUUUCGAAAUCUCAAAAAGGACAGAGCAAAGUUUAUAAAGUUCCUUUUGAAGAAUUUAGUAUAUUGAAAAUAUCCAAUGAUGAUAUUCUAAAACCAUUCGAUGGACCUGCUGUUGCUAUUGUGUUAAGUGGCACUUGGGGUAUAUCAGGUGAAAAGGCCGAGGAGGGAAGUUGUUGGUUUAUAGGAGCUGGAACGAAAGUUGAGUUCGAACGAAAAGAAGGAGGUGAAGAUGCGCAGGUUUGGAUUGCAUUUUAUGAUGCUGACGCUGAGAAGGAUGAGGUUGGAGAAAAGUAA